UCAGAGACGGUCAGUGGUGAGUGAGUUAGCAUCGGCGAAACUGCAAAAUAUCCGGGAAUUGUUCAGUAAAUAAGACCUAUAAAAGAUUCCUAUUUUUUUUUAUUUUAUUUUAUUUUAUCAAGAGUAUAUAUUUAUAGUGAAAGAAAGUGUACUUGGAGUGAGAUUUAUGGGAUUUAAAUAUCGAUAAGCCGAGUUUAAUAACGUUAGCUGCUGCCAUUUGUUAGCUAAGCUUAGAUUGCUGUCAACUUUAUUGACAUUUAAAUUCUCUCUGCUAUUGCUUCGAACUGAACAGGCAGAGGAUGCUGCGUCUACGUUGCAAGGCCAAGAAUGGGACCCAUCUAAUGCAGGGCCUUACACACCAGUCUUGUGUUCAGGAGCUGAAAGACAAGAUCGAGGAGCUGACAGGAAUACCAUGUGAUGUACAGAAGAUCAUGGUGGGCUAUCCCCCAUCCAACCUGGAUCUACACAAUGGCAAAGCCCACCUUAAAGACUAUCCUAUCAAAUCAGGUGAUACACUGAUUGUAGAAGAGGAAAAGAACAAACCCAAACCCCAAGCACAAUCCACUGUAACCAAAGGUCCCAGUCUUGACCUGGCCCCUGUUCUAGAACGCCGGGUCGUCCCUGCCGACAACUCUUGUUUGUUUACCAGUGUAAACUACGUAAUGGAAGGCGGUGUGUAUGACCCAGCGUGCGCCUCUGAAAUGCGAGGACUCAUUGUGCAAAUUGUAGCCAGUGAUCCCACUGGGUACUCAGAGGCUGUACUUGGCAAGACCAACGAGGACUACUGCGCCUGGAUCCAUCGCGAUGACACCUGGGGGGGCGCCAUUGAGGUCUCUAUACUCUCAAAGUUCUACCAGUGCGAGAUUUGUGUUGUUGACACUCAAACUGUACGUGUCGACCGAUUCGGUGAGGAUGCGUGUUAUACCAAACGGGUGCUGCUCAUUUACGAUGGCAUCCAUUACGACCCCCUCCAAAAGGUGGUGCCUAAUUCAGACGUUCCACCUCAGACUGUGUUCUCCAGCACGGACGACAUCAUUCUGGCACAAGCGCUGGAACUGGCAGAUGAGGCACGGAGGAAACGGCAGUACACAGAUGUAAACCGUUUUGCGCUACGCUGCAUGGUGUGCCAGACUGGUCUGGUGGGGCAGAAGGAAGCAAGGGAGCAUGCCAAGGAGACCGGACACACCAAUUUUGGGGAGGUGUGAAAUUGUUCGCUUUGUUAAAAUCACCCCCACCUUUACUGCGCCACUGCCACGCCACUUGACAUGGUACCCUCUCCUUCACUGCUGCCUGUCCCGGCUCAGUACAGUCCUCUACCUCACAUUGUUUAGCGGCUUCUGGAGACUUUUCGUGUAGAGUUCCCCAAGAAUUCAGUAUUAUUUGAAGUAGUGUUUAAUUAAUUUGUUGCCUGACUUGAAAACGAAACUUCAGUUCAAACCAAAUUUUAAAUGGAUUCGCCACUGAUUUAAAACUUAAUACUGUUUAUUAUAAUAACUUAAAGUAUUAUCUCACGUUUAAGGAAUUGCUCACCGAAAAAUGAAAAUUCUGUUCACCGAAAAACGAAUCAUUGUCAUUAAUCUUUUUACAAAUGGACUUCAAAGUGGUUCAGAUUGUGGCAAGAAAUGUCCAAAAUGCCGCUAAAGAAAUGCCUUUCAUUAUCUCUAAUUUAAUCUUGGCAUUGUUGUAUUUAUAUUACCUAUGUUAUUAAGGUCAUAUCGCACAGCUUAUGAACAGUGUUGUGGCACUACAUAAAAUCUUAAAUUUACUGGCUCCAUUGUACCUGUUACUUGAAAGUCACAUAGAUCAAAUGUUGGCUAAGAUGAGAUGUGUCCGUUUCUGAAUUCUCGAUGCGGUUUUACUCACACAUUCACAUUCUGAAAGCAUGGAGCUGACAUUGAUGUGGAUAACAAUGGUGCUGACUGUAGAAUCUCACUGAACUGCUUAGUGAAUAUCUAGACCUUUUCUUUGACGGGCACUUCAAGAUUGUUUUAUGCAAAGUGUUUACUCUCUCAAGUGGCUAUGAAAUAUUGUAAGGAAGAGUGAUUGUUGUGACUUAUUUUUAAUUUUAAGUGGAAAAAUGUGGCAUAUUAAACUUUUUCCUGCUGAGUGUGCAAAGACACAAUUACAGGGGCGAUAUUGAAGUUUUAGGAACAAAUUUAGCAUAGCAAAGUGUGUAUUAGUGUGUGGAUGAACUUUAGAGGGAAGAGAAAUUGUAAUACUGAUGAUAUUCAUAUGAUUGGGUAUUUACAGUCAGGUACUGUCUACAGUUGUUUGCUGGUUUGCAGCAGAUUUUUUUUUUCUCUCUCUCUCAAGAUAUGGUGCCAUGGUAAAGCCAAAGGACUGUUGUUUUUAUUUUUGCAGUGGUUUUUCUAAAUUGCCGUGAUCAGUGUUGUAAUCGCACUAAGGUAUCUUUGAGUGAGAAACUGCAUGCACAGCGCUCACUGCUACAAAAUCACUGUUUUUUGUGGGUUAAUGAUAAAUAAACUUGAAUUGAGACAUAUUCUUGUGUGGUUGCCAAGUGAACAGUGAAGUGUUUGGCCCUGUUCAUAGUAAGCAUCACUAAUUAUUAUUGCUCAUACUUAAGGCGCAGUCAUAUUUUCCUUUGCACUGCUAAAUUACAUGGGUAAAGAAUGCGUGGACAGAUGAUAAGCAUGUGUGAAACCAGUAAAAAACUAAUUGCCAAGCAGCCUCUUUUAAAUGCAUUUAGAUGCACAUACAUGUGUGAAUUUGUAUUUGAUGACAUUAAAAUAUUUAAU